AGACAGACAUAUGUAAGACAGCAAAGCAACUCUAUCUUAGCUAGUAAUUUCUCUAGAGGCAAUUUGUAUUGGCGGCUGUUUGACAUGUAAGUGUUAUGCUGUCAUCACCGGACUUGGACUAACGCACUAACAGAAUCCAUUUUUCUUUUUUCUAUAUUUUAUGUAAAAAAUAGCUAUGUGGUUUUGUUUUGAACUGGAUUCUUGUUUUACUUUUUCAGCCUUGUAACAUCAGACACAAUGGCAGCAGAUGAAAGCUUUCAAAAGGAGUUCCUGGAAGCUCACAAUGCCUACAGAGCACGGCACAACACACCGCCUAUGACUCUUAACAGUGAGCUGAAUGCAGCAGCUCAGAGAUGGGCCGAUCGCUUGUUGGCUUUGGCUGUUGCACAGCACAGUGGCAGCUGUGAUGGAGAGAAUAUUUUCUACCAGUGGAGUUCGGCACCCUUUAAACUAACAGGCAAAGAAGCAGUAGAUUCAUGGUAUGGUGAAGUUGAGAAAUACAGCUGGAGCAACCCAGGAUUUAGUGCCAACACAGGUCAUUUUACUCAGAUUGUGUGGAAAGCAAGCACACAACUGGGAGUCGGGAUGGCCACAGAUGGCAACAAGGUUUUUGUUGUUGGGCAGUAUCGACCAGCUGGCAACAUCAGCAUGAGCCGGUACUUCAGAGAAAAUGUCCUCCCACCAGCAGGGGAGGAGGAACGGGAUUCACAUUUUACAGAAGGUGGAAGACCCAGUGGGGCAGGAGAGAGACCAAAGAAUACCUGUAAACCUCUGUAGCUUUACAUGAAGUUGGAUCGAUCAAUGUUCCACCCAAUGCUUGUAUGACUCCGUAUAGACAGGAUAUAUCCAUCCAUUCAUUUUCUGUACCGCUGUAUCCCCACAGGGGUUGCGGGCUUGCUGGAGCCUAUCCCAGCUGUCAUCGGACGGUAGGCGGGGGACACCCUGAACUGGUUGCCAGCCAAUCGCAGGGCACACAGAGACAAACAACCAUCCACACUCGCACUCACACCUAGGGGCAAUUUGGAGCGCUCAAUCAGCCUACCAAGCAUGUUUUUGAGGAUGUGGGAGGAAACCGGAGGGCCCGGAGAAAACCCACGCGGACACGGGGACAACAUGCAAACUCCACACAGGGAGGGCCGGAGGUGGAAUCGAACCCGCACCCUCCGUACUCUGAGGCGCACGUGCUAACCCGUGCCGCACCGAGCCGCCUUUAGACAGGAUAUAUAUAUAUAAUUUGUAUUAAAAAUAUGAUUAGCACGUCCGCUCAGAGGGUGUGGGUUUGAUUCCAUCUCCGGCCCUCCCUGUGUGGAGUUUGCAUGUUCUCCCCGGUUUUCUCCCACAUCCCAAAAACAUGCAUGGCAGGCUGAUUGAACACUCAAGUUGUCCGUAAGAGUGAGUGCAAGUGCAGAUGGUUAUUAGUCUCUGGGUGCCCAACGAAUUGCUGGCAACCAGUUCAGGCUGUGUCCCGUGUACUUCUCAAUGACUGCUGGGAUAGUCUCCAGCACACCAACGACAAGCAGUACGGAAAAUGGAUGGAUGGAUGGAUGAAUGAAUAAGUCUACAAAUUAAAAAAAAUUAGCAACAACCAGUAUAGUGAAAAAUGUGCCCCGUAUUUCCACGUUUCUGCACGUGCGGACUCAAGCAUUUGAGGAUUAUUUUCCACUAUUUUUUUAAGGUGGGUAUCAGCCUCAGUUUUGGCAAAAGAAUGUUUAUUACCUGUAUAUCCUCAUUUAUUCAAUAAUUUAGUGUUAAUUGCAUGAAGAAUGUAUUUUGGUAUUGGUGGAUUAAUUUGAUAUUUUUGGCAUAAGUAUGUUUUCCACCAGAGCUGUAAAUUGAAAAUAGGUUUGCUACUUUGAAAAAUAUGUUCAAUGAAUAAAUUCCUGUAUGAAUGACAA